CGGUGCAAGUCUGUUGGGAAAGGAAGCUGCAACAGUGUAAAAGUCAGCAGCAGUCCAAUGACAGUUCAACAGCUGGGACCUGUUUCACCUCCUGCUACUCCAGUUUUGUUAGCAUGCAGCAAGAUCAGCCCUACCUUACAGAGAUCUAUGGAUGCUUCCAACUUGAGCGCUUCAUCAUCAGAUGGAAGGUUGGUCUUGUCACACGAGUCUCUGGCUUCUACAACAUUAAGCCUGUCAGAAAGUCAGUCCACCUUAAGUGUUAAGGAAGAGUGGCUGCAUGGGUACAGGACACUUCCUUCUGUUCCUCCUGACCAAGGUUUACAGAACAGCAGUGAGUUUGGGGAUUUAUUGAGUUUUUCAUUUGGAACAUCUGUGUCCAGUAAUGGCAUCUUAUGUGGCAUGGAAAAUAAGCAUUCCCCUCACUCCAGUCCUUGCCGUUCCUCUGCCCGGUCCCAGUCAGGCUGCUCCAAAGUGAGAGCACUUUCUCUGUCUCCUCUGUCUGAGGGCAGUGGGAUUGACUUCAAUACAAUCAUCCGUACAUCCCCAACCUCUCUAGUGGCCUACACAAACAGCUCUAGGACAUCACCAGCAAAUGUGUCCCCACAGCCUGAAGUCUAUGGACAUUUUUUGGGAGUGAGAGGAAGCUGUAUACCCCAAAACUGCUCUGUUCCAACUACCCAGAAAGGCCUUCUCAUGGCUAACGGCAAUGUCACCUUCCCAGGGCAUGCUGAGAAUGGGGCUGGUGAGUACCAGCGGAUGCAGCAGCUGGAGCAAGCCAGCUUGCAGAUGGCUGCCACGAGUAACAUGGUGAUCCAGCAGGGAGUGCUGCCUGCGGACAACCAGGCAGUGGGCGUCCUGAAAAACCAACAGCUGGGUGACUUCUCAGGCUGUACAGUUGACGUGCAUUGUUCAGGCCUGCUGCCGCUGCCUCCUCCACAGGGCCCACCUCCACCAUACCAUGCUCACCAGCACUGGCAUCCGUACAGCGUUCCCAGUCGCAUUCACUCGCUGCCUGUGCCUCCUUCUGCUCCAGGCUCCCUGCUUGAUGAAGAUGGUGAACUAGAUUAUCUCAAUGAUAAGCAUGGCUGUCGCUGGGUUGACUGCAGUGCACUUUACGACCAGCAAGAGGAACUUGUGCAGCAUAUAGAGAAGAUCCAUAUAGACCAGAGGAAGGGAGAAGACUUCACUUGCUUCUGGGCGGGGUGCCCAAGAAGGUACAAGCCAUUUAAUGCCCGCUAUAAACUGCUGAUUCACAUGAGAGUCCACUCAGGAGAGAAGCCGAACAAAUGCACAUUUGAGGGUUGCAAGAAAGCCUUUUCCAGACUAGAAAACCUGAAGAUUCACUUAAGGAGCCACACGGGUGAAAAGCCGUAUCUUUGUCAGCACCCUGGCUGCCAGAAAGCAUUCAGCAACUCCAGCGACCGUGCCAAGCACCAGAGGACACACUUGGACACUAAACCUUAUGCAUGUCAGAUGCCAGGAUGUACUAAGCGAUACACAGAUCCAAGUUCCCUGAGAAAGCACGUGAAAGCCCAUUCUUCCAAAGAUGAACAAGUCAGGAAAAAGGUAAGGAGCUCCUCUGAAGCAGGGAAGUCAGUGAUAGAAAACUAUAUAGCACUCAAAAUGAGAGUGCAAAAGGAUGCUGAGAGGAGUGAUAAGGCACAGCAUUCCCCUGGACUACAAUUAUUUCUAAAAAUGGUUGUCUUCUUCGUGAUCUCCUUGUAA